AUGGAUGGGCAUGGAACUAGGAUGGGAAGGGGCAGGAUAGUGUGUGAGGGAACUGAGUGUGCCAGGCAGGCAGUUGGCAUAGUGAACUGGAGACCUUGGAGAAUGUAUCUGGAAAGUCAGGGGGCCAGGAGACGGAGUCAUUCCAGGGGGAGGGGAGGAGGGAGAGGUCAUGCCUACAGGUGUGGGCACAGGAAACCAGCUGGAGCUCAGUUUGCAGCCCUGAGGAAGGCGGACUUGCAUAAGGGGCUGGCAUCUCCAUUGGAUGAGUGGGAUUUGGGGGAAACACAGAGGGCACAUCCCUUUGAAUGGAAGCUCAGAUUCUCAGGUGAUAGGGAGAGGUGGCUGCGACAGGGGCUGCUUGGACAUGCGUGUGCAUGUGCACGCGUGCUCAUGUGCAUGCUGGGCUGCUUGUCUGAUCUGGCGGUAGUGGGACUAAGGAGAAAACAUUCCUUCUUGCAGUGGCAAGAGCAGGGGUAG